AGAAGGAAAUUGCUCCGCGGCCAGUAGGAGAAGGGCAGGAGGAGGCGCGGAGAGCCGAGGGCGCUGCGCCAAGCUUGUAAACAGACCCUACGGAGGUGCUGUUAAAGGUACAGGGUCCCUUCUCUCUUUGGGGUGGGAAGGCAGAACCCGGCAGUUGGGGUGAGAAGGGGCUGCUCAGGGAAGCUCGAGCGGCCUCGACGCAGUGCUGCUUCUAGAAAUGAGAGGUGUAGUCUGCAAAUGCCCAGUGGCACUCUUUUUUUCUUCUUUUUUUUGCACGGUCUACUCAAUAUAUGUCCCAGGUGUCAACCCUGUGUUUGGAAACAGGCCCCAGAGCUGUGAUUUUGAAAGAAACGGAAUAGUACCUUCGGAUAUAGGGCGGCAUAUAAAGUCAAUAAUUAUUAUUAUUAUUAAUAAUAAUAAUACUGCAGUUCUUGCGAUUGAUUGAUUGAAUUCUAAAAUUGUGUGUGUGUGUGCAUGCACCAUCUUGGGUACAAUUUUAGACAUGUAUAUUAUAUAUAAUUGCAUACAAAAUGCAGUAAAAAAAAAUUCUAGUGUUUAAAGCAGUGGUUCCCAAUCUUUUUUUUGUCCAUGCCUCACCUAAGCAUCUCUAAAAUCCUGAUACCCCCCCCCCAUGACAUAUAAUUCUUAUUAUUCAAAAAGUGAACUCCUAUUCAAGUGGAGGAAGCCUAAAAGACAAUUAACUGUUAAUAACUCAUUCUCGAAUUGCCCCCCCUGUGGAGAGUGUGCCCCAGAUUGGGAACCACGGGAUUAGAGUGUUGGGCAAGAACCAGGGAAACUGGAGUUCAAAGCCCCACUCAGCCAUGAAGCUCAUUUGGAUCAGUCAGUGGCUCUCAACCUAACCUACUUCACAGGGUUGUUAGGAGGAUAAAAAUGGGGAGGGGGGAAAGCACAUGCACCACCUUGGAGGAAAGGUGGAACGUAAAUGUAAUAAAGAAAUAAACUCUGCAACAUUAACAGCAUUUAAAUUUUGUAAAAUGGUAUGUCUUAGAGAUCCAGCUUACUUCUAAGUUAUGCCCUCUUGACCGAGAAGACAUUGACCCUAAUGCAUGGUUGUUCAGAUUUAUUUUGGUUACCCAGUUGUGAAGAUGCUUGAUGGCAUCUUAGUGUGGCAUCAAAAAGGGCAGGAGGCGGCGCGGAGAGCUGAGUGUGUCCCAGACCUCAAAGCCCUAAGGUCUAGCUGAAGGAUACAUUUAAAUGGCAAUGGGGGGGAACAAGAAGGCAAAAAAGAACGGGAUCUAUGAGAGAAAGGGAGAGAGAGAGAGAGAGAGAGAGAGAGAGAGAGAGAGAGAUUGAAGCAAGGUAUGGGAAAACAAUAUAUGAAUAAUGGGGAAGGAUAGGGAAGUCCUGUACUGCAAACCCUUUUUCUUCCACACCAUACACUGGAAGUGCAUGACUUCCACCAAAGAAUUAUGGGAAGAAUCAAAAUUCAAGUCCACAAUGUUCAUAGCAGCCCCAAAAUUUUGCAAGUUACUGCAAGACAUCUUUGUAUUUCAUCUUUGUUUUUGUUUGCAUAAAUGAAGAAUAAAACCUGGUGGACUAUAUUGGCAGAUAUUAUUAUUAUUAUUAUUAUUAUUAUUAUUAUUAUUAUUAUUCUACUUUAGAUUAUCCUUGUCUCCUCUACAAGAUGAGGAGCAGAUUGUUUUGUAUUAUUAAAAUUAUGUUAAUAAAGAUAUAUUUUUUUUAAAAAAGAAUUGUGGAAACUUUGGUGUGUUAUGGGUGCUGGGAACUGUAGCUCUGUGAGGGGGUAAACUACAGUUCCCAGGAUUCUUUGGUUGAAAUAACAUGUUUUAAAUUAAUGGUGUAUAUGUAACCUUAAACUCAGACUCGUGGGAGAAGGCUAUUGGUGACCAGGGUAGGCACCCUUGCAGAAGCUUUGAAACAUUUCAUUCUGGAUUUAUUUACAUGCUCCCAUGUCUUCGCUGACAACAAAUUCUAUCAAACUCUGGCUCAAACUAAGGGUUGGUCUUGGACAGUUUCUGAUGCAGGUGCUGGCCUCUUCAAAGAUGGGGAUGAAUAGCUGAAGGUGUACAGACCCAACAAGCUCCUAAUCCUAGGCUGUGCAGCAACGUAUGGAUGAUAAUCUUCAGGAGGAAGCAAGAAUGAAAGGCAACACUCUGGAGAGUUCCACUUUUCAUCAGCCUCACAAGCUGACCUCUCAGCGACGAGUGGCUGAAGAAUGUGUCAGGUAUGGAGAAAGUCCAGCCACAAUACUGUCACCAGGUAUUUUCUUGUGGGAUGUGCUUGUAAAGGGCCGUCUGAAGAAUGAAAAACGACAUUCCAGUGGUAAUGUUGAACUGCAGUAGGAAUUCAUAUUGCAAAAAUGACAAGAUGGGAGGGGGGGGAGUUGUAAGAGAGCCAUGCAGCAUAGAAGGUGGGGUACAAUUUAGGCGAGAUAACAAGACUUUGAGCAGUUUGGAGGGAUAGUGUCCUCACUAGCAAGUGUUGCAGGGUUGUUUUUUUUAAUGCCAGCAUUUACACUUAAUCUUUAGGAACUAAAUUGGGAUCAUGCAGGUUACUAAUGAGUUCAAAUGGGCCAUCUGCAGUUAAGGAACACUCAGGGACUCAAGUCUCUGUUCUAGAAAGGACGCUAUUUCCCCCCGUGUCAAGAUUUCCUUUGCAAUGAGUGCUAGUCACUUUCAUGUUACUGUUUUUAAUGAAAAGAAAGUUGUUGGUUUUUGUUGUUGUUGUUUUUUUUUCAAGAACGGACAGGGAAGAUUCUGGGGAACCUAAAAGCAGCACAGCUGAUUCAUAAGAGAGAGUCAUUCUGUGGUAGUUGCUUCUAGGCUUUGCAAGAUCCUUUUCUCUUGAAACUUCCUCCUUCUUUUUGUCUGCUUCCAGCACCCAACCACUAAGGAGCGCUGGAAAAGCCUGCUCUCCCCUAACAUGCUCAUUCGAAGAAGGCAAAAAACGGAAAAAAACCAAGCUUGCUGGUAGAAGACACAUGAGUCCAAGCCUUGCCCCUCCAGUGCUGGAACUACAGGGGAUGUCUUACGGACAAGUCUUCCAGAAUUUGGAUCUCCAUAGCCAGUGUCCUUUCAGUAUGCCACAGUGCAGGAGGACUCCAGAAAAUCCUGAGGCUGCCCAUGCAGCUCCUUACAUGCCCAUCUCUGCCCCUGCUAGGCCAGGAGUGGAUUUGUCACAACCCCCGUCACUGAGUCACCAGCUGAUGGGUUGCUGUCAUCAGAACGCUCACGAAUGCACACCUGUCAGGGACAACAGCAGAGUGACGAGUCUGUACGCUGAACUGAUCAGAGAACUGGAGCGGCAGGUGGCAGAGUUGAGGAGAGCUCUGGUGUCUCGGGAGGAGGCUGCUGUGCGGCAGGAGAAGAGGAUCCAGGAGCUGGAGCUGGAGAACCGUGAGCUGAAAGCUCUCACCCAGAACUUAGAGGAGCAGAACGACUUCUUGUCCAUCAGGAACAGUGCAGGAGGAGGAGCACCAGCCAAGGUGGUGCUGGGAACAGGACACCCUCUCUUUGGUAAAAAAACAACAAACCAUUAAUACCAAAAUGCUGCUUGUAGUGGGGGGAUUAGAGUUCUACACCAGUGCUCUCUCCAGUCUGUACUGGAAGUUUCAAAUGGAGGCAGUCCAUGAGGACGUCUCAACAAGGGAUGUGGUGUGAGAGGAACAUGCUAGGGGUAGUGUCCAAUAUGGCUAUGGGAACAGGGCCUCCACAAGUUAUAUAAAGUGUAAACUGCAACCCAGGAGGUAGUGUCAAGCCCACAGCGCAGGGGAAUUCAACCCUUCUCCCUGGGCCUUUUUGUCACUUCAUAUAGCCACCUCUUGCUCUGAGGUGGUGCUGUGGGUUAAACCACAGAGCCUAGGACUUGCCGAUCAGAAGGUCGGUGGUUUGAAUCCCCACGACGGGGUGAGCUCCCGUUGCUCGGUCCCUGCUCCUGCCAACCUAGCAGUUCAAAAGCACAUCAAAGUGCAAGUAGAUAAAUAGGUACCGCUCUGGUGGGAAGGUAAACGGCGUUUCCGUGCGCUGCUCUGGUUCGCCAGAAGCGGCUUAGUCAUGCUGGCCACAUGACCCGGAAGCUGUACGCCGGCUCCCUUGGCCAAUAAAGCGAGAUGAGCGCUGCAACCCCAGAGUCGGUCACGACUGGACCUAAUGGUCAGGGGUCCCUUUACCUUUAUAGCCACCUUAUGCUCUGAGUUGCCAUGUGCCUUGCAGCAGGAAACAUACAAGUACCAUACGUCUGUUGUCUUCCCCACUGGGCAAAAUGAAGUCGUUUAUUGUUUUCCCACAUGACUUCUUGAUUAUUUACAAUGUAAUCCACACAGUUGAAAAUUCCGCCGCUUCCAAUCACUUGCUUGUUGUGUCUAUUAAGUGCAUGCAGACAAGAGAGGUCUACCAUAGCUGUGCUUCGAUCUAAUGACUGCAAGCAUCGGGCAUGUUGCGUUUUUCUUCUUUGCUGAACUUUACCACUGAGGUGUCCCUAUAGCACUGCUGGUUGUCUCUUCAUAUAUCAACUAAGCUAAAUGUGAAGCAGACAGCGCUACCAAGAAAAGGGAAGGGUAGGAAAAAAAGAUCCAUGUGAUCCCUUCCAAAUAGGAAGUACAGUAAGCCUGCAACUUAUGUACAUUUAAUUUGCACACAUUCUGUUUUAUAAGCUUGGCAAAGGAGGAGGAGGAGGGAGGAGAAGGAGAAGGAGAAGGAGGAGAAGAAAGAGGUUGGAUGUUCAGGAAAAAAGGCUUUGGCAAUCUCAUUUAUCAUUGAACCCAAUGUGUUUUGACUAUACACAAUUUUGGCUUUAGACACGAUCCCUGGAAUGUAACUCCCACAUAAGUUGUGGGUUUACUAUGCUUUUAAAAACAGCAGCCUCAGGUCUCUGCUCUCAAAUCCAGGUAGCACAUCCUGGGAAGAUAACUACACAUACUCUUUUUCUGAGAGAUUUUCCAGAAAUCCUGUCUGAUGUACAGUUCUUGUUGUCUGUAUGUGCUUUUCUUUCCCCAGAUAUCAAUGAAAACAAUAUUCAGUUCCUCAAAAGCCUGGUGGCAGUGCUGGAGAAUGUCACACCUUCACAGGUAAAGGUGCCAUGUAAAGGGGAUAAAAAACAAUCACUCGGUUGUUUUAUUCUUUGAAGAGUAAAGUGGAAUUGUGAAUGAGAGCUGUUAUGGUUUAGUAUUCCACUACAAUUGUCAUCAUUAUGACAAUUCUCUGGUAUAAAGCCAAGAGUCUCAGGCUUGUAGUUCAGGGCCAGCCUGUAGGUAGUUGACAAAAUUACUGCCUCUAUAUCCAAGAAUAGGAAGUACCCAAGAAUAGAAAGUUUUCUUUCCGCGUCAGCAGCUGACAUUGAUUGUGUGAAUACAGGUUCAAUUUCCAACUUCUCUAGUUUUUAUUUUAAAAGGAUCAGGUAGCAAGUAGUGUGAAGGACCCUGGAGAGCCCUUGCCGGUUAUAGUAGAUAAUGUCAGGCUUGGAAGUACGCAAGGAUACAAGAGAAUAUUACAAUACAAAUGGAAAAACAAAUUUAAUAGCUGUCAAGGGAACAAGAAAUAACAGUAUGAAGAGAAGAUUGCACAUGGGUGAAGGGAAGUAAUGGUUAAAGAAGGUGGGAGGUAUAAGGCAGUAAUUGGAAAAUUGUAGAGGACAAAUGUGCAAUUUAGGAGGUUAAGAACAAGGAAUUAAAAGAAGAAGAUUUAAGUUAAAGAAUAGUAAAAUAAGGAAAUCUGAGAAGAAUUUAGUACAAAUGAAAACAUGAGAGUCAUGUUACUGCUUCUAUCUUGGUUUAUUUUGGUUGUAAAGUCUUCUGUUAUAAAGGUUUAUUUUCGUUGUAAAGUUCUCUGUUGUAAAGAUUGUACAUAAAAUCAAUAAAACAUUAUUUUUUAAAAAAGAUAAUGUCAGGCUUGGUAGACAAAUGAUCCGAUUUGUUAUGAGGCAGCUUCCUGUGUAAGUCUAUAUACCACACUCUUUCUCUUGUUCUUUACUCCCAGGUAUCUGUAUCUUUUUCAGGUCAGUGGUCUGCAGCCACCACAUUCUCUGGAAGAUCAGAGGCAUGCGCCAGCCACUGUGCCACAUAUCUCACCAGGUUGGAGGAUACUAAACACAGAACCAGGUGGCUUGUCACCCUGGAUAAAUGCAGGAGAUGGUUCAGGAAGUCCCAUUGGGCUCAGUGAUGCCACCAGCACAUGGGACAACCAUGUACAAGAGACACUGUCUGAUGAGUCACCUGUAUGGGCAUUGCCAGUGGAGGUAGGUGAUGGGGGAAGAAGUCUCCCUCUGACCGGACGCUGCAAUGAUGUUGUAAGGCAUUCAUUCAGAGGGAACAUUGGGUGGCAUGAAGCAAGAUCUGUCUCUGUUUGAUUCAGGAGGAAAAUGGUUCACACCUCUGCAUCACAACUCAGGCAGAACUGUGCCACUGAGCUGCUGCUUUGUGGCAGAGUGCAACCAGUUACUUGCAUUUCCAGGUAAGGCCCCCAGAGAGCCAGGGACCUGAUGUCUUAUGAAUUAGCUUCCUGUGCCUGGCCAUUAAAUGAGGCCUUUCGUUUAACUUGGCUGAUGGGUAUUGCCACAUUCUCAGUGCCUGUCUGGAAACAACUCCAUGGGACAUUAAGAUAACAGAAUAAAACAGCCAUGCAGGGCACCAUUUUAUAUUCCAUGUUUUAAUAGCAGCUUCAACCCAUUUUCAAACCAAAGGAGGGAAGUGCAAAAUACAGUGCAAUGUUGUACCAGCCUUGAAGAUUAAAUGGAAUGAGAGUCGCUGUGCUUAUUCAUUAGGAAAGCAAAAGACGCCUGCAGAUUCAGACCUAAAGCAUAUAUAGUCCAGUAUCCCAUUUCCCACAGUGGUGAAACAGACACCACUGAGAAGCACACAAUGAGGAUGUGACCGAAGUAGCGCUCUCCCACUGUUGCUCCACAGCAACAGAUAUUCAGCGACAUUCUCCCUCUGGUCCUGGGGACAUCAUGAUUUUGGCAGCCCAUCCUAUCAUCCACAAAUUUGUUUAAUCUCCUUGUAAAGCCAUCUGAAUCAGUGACUGUCACUACAUCUUGUGGCACUGAAUUCCACCAUUUAACUAGGCCCUGGACACCAUCCCUGAAAUGUAGAAUCAACUUUAGCUUGAUGCUCCUGCCCAUUUUCAGAAAGCGGGCAGGAAACACAUACAAAGCAAUGCAAUGUUGCAUCAGCCCUGAAGAUAUCGGAAAGAAAAUGGGUGCACAUGUUCAGGGUGUCAUUCUGGAUGUCAAGUUCAAAACCGUAUUCAGCACCUGUUUUCAAGAGGGUAGGAAUCAAGGAUUCCGUUCAAACACUUGGACUUUACUAGUCUGAGUCAGGUAGUGGCAGCUGCUUGCCUUUCCACAUCAGGAGAGACAUGCACAGGCCAUGGUUGAUGCUGCCGCUGAGUUGCAUCUCCUUUUACCUCCUCAUGACUCUGGUAAACAGAAUCAAACAAUAAAGCUCCUAUGUUUUGAGAAGCUUUCCUCCUGGACCUUUGGGAAACAGGUGUACAGAUUGAGCUUUCAAAUACAGAAUAUAGAAUUGUAUUGACAGUAGUGUAUACCAACUAAUAUUCAAAUAUCUCAAUCGCCAAGGUAGACACCAUAUAAUAGUCUGAAAUUUUCCUCUUUGUCCCCUAACUGCCCUGCUGCUUUUGAAAAUGGACCUGUAGUGUCAAGCAUGUUUGCUCUCCGAAGAGAGAAAUAUAUCAAGAUAUGUGCACAACAUGCUUCACUUCAAUCUCUCAAAGUGUGACCCAUGUUGUCUUUCUUUAAUGGAGGCAGGAGUUGAGCCGGGAUUUGUCCUUAAAACAGAGAAUGUUGUCCUGAACAUGCACACCAACCUACAUCUCUGUUAUCAAGAGAGAUACUGGCGGUGUGCUAGAUUUUACAUUUUCCUCUCCCUGUUCUUCUUCUAAAAAUGAGUAUGAGCUGUUAUUGAACUUCAGUUAGAUCGGUGCAGAUUUGAGUGCCUAGUAUUCUCAGCCCUGAUUAUACAACUGCUAAACAUUACAAUUUCCUGCCAGGUAGGUUUCAACACAAUCAAAUCCACACAGAAUACCAAAAAGGUAAACCCAAGUGCGGCUUUGCUUGUGUGAACUGGACUGAAUACAGCUAACGUUUUGCAGAGCGUAGCUUUGCUGCUGUUGCAUGUCAGUGAAUGUUUGAGCCAGUUAAAUACUCCUCUGCUUGGUUCUGAAGGGAUCUGCUGCAUCACAGUCUAGCCUCCUUAGAUGCAAGAGUGGGAGAAAGGGGGCGGGGCUUCAACAUCAUGGCGCAGCUUUAUAGAGUAACAUAACCUCCUCCCAUUGGACAGGAGAAUGGGAGGACGAAGCUGGAACUGGUCCCCAACUCGCAAGUCUACGUUUCCCACCACCAGCUGGAGGACCUAUCCCAAGUCUCCACCGACAAGCCUGAGCUGAUGACCAGACGCUUGUUGGAUUACUUCUUCUCUCGUGAAACUCUUGCCCGGUCUUCGGCCACUGGCCAGCGCAUCGCCCACAACAACUUGACCAUGGAGAAGCCCACGCCAUUGCCGGUUGCUGUUGUAAAUGCUAUCAAAGGUAGGGGAUGUGGCGAGAUCUUAAAUAGUGCUGAUAGGAAAAGCAAAGUGUGAGCAGAUUUACAGUAUUUCCUCUUUGGUAAAGACUGGGGCAGUGCCUUUUUAUCCUAGCUGUUAAACCUAAUUUGCUUUACUCUCAGAUUAGAAAUUCUGUAAUAAACUUCCUCCUCAUUCUCAACCUCAAUGAAUAUCUAAAACCACUGUGUAUCGGCCCAGGACCCUCGUACCUACGGGACCACCUCUCCCGGUAUGCCCCAUGGAGAGCCUCAAGGUCCAUAAAUAGCAACACCCUAGUGGUCCCGGGCCCUAAGGAAGUUAGAUUAGCUUCAACCAGAGCCAGGGCCUUUUCAACACUGGCUCCGGCCUGGUGGAACACUCUGCCUCAUGAGACCAGGGCCCUGCAGGAUCUGAUUUCUUUCCGCAGGGCCUGUAAGACAGAGUUGUUCCGCCUGGCCUUUGGGCUUGGAGCCAAUUUGAUGCCCUCCCCCUCUUUCUUUUUCCUUUCUCCUCCUGUGAUGAGCCUGCAUUUUAAUAUUUUGUUUCAAUAUUUUAAUGCUGUAUUUUAAUCUUGUUUUUAAGUUGUAUUCAUUCAACUUGUUUUUAUUAUUGCUUGUUAGCCGCCCUGAGCCCGGCCUUGGCUGGGGAGGGUGGGGUAUAAAUAAAAAUUAUUAUUAUUAUUAUUAUUAUUAUUAUUAUUAUUAUUAUUAUCCCCUAAGCACAGUCAGUAUGCUUUUAAAAGGCCUUUUGGCUGUAUACAACUGUUAUUUUUUAUAUUUUUAUUAAAUUUAUAUGCCACCCUUCAUCUGAAGAUCUCAGGGAGGUCCACAAGAGAAAAAUGCAGGAAUCAAAGCACAAAAUAGUUAAAACAAAAAUAAAACAAUAACCCCACCCCCACCCCCCAUAAACACAUUUAGAAGGCCAUAGACCAAGGCUUGGUUGAAGAGAUACGUUUUCACCUGGCACCUAAAGAUGUAUAAUGAACGAACCUCCCUGGGGUGAGCAUUCCACAAACGGGGAGCCGUUGCAGAAAAGGCCUGGCUCAAACUAAGUUGUGUCCUUUAAUUUCAGCGGGCUUGCUUUAUGACUCGCAUGGAAUACAACUUGUAGUUUAGUUUACAUUUUAAAAUAAUGUUUCCUACAAAGCUGGAGUCUGCACACACUGCGCUUUGAGCUUACGCUGUAUGAUCAAGGGCUUUGUGAAACUGCAAUUAUUAUUAGGAUGAGGGAAGACAAGAAAAUAGGUUUGUUGAGAAAAGAUACUUUUGACAUGUUUCGGUCCAAGAUAAUGUGCAGCCACGGAAACCGUUGGGACGUUUGUGAACUUGGCUUAUAUUAUUAUUGAAUCAUCAUCAGGAGUUUAUAGGCUUUCAUAGGGUGACAAACAGGUCGUAAGCUUGUGUCGUAAUAUUUGGUGCAAUGCUUCCUUUCUAAGACCUCUCUCGAGUUUUUCUUUAAAUAUACAUGAUUUUUUUAAAAAGGUCACAGAAAAAAAAGCUUUACAAAUAAACUGGCUGCACUGAAACAAACAAAACCCUCUGUAUAGCCUUCCUUACUGUUGGCUUUUGCAGAAAAUUCCCAAUUCUUUGAAAAUUUUGAUCAUGAAAACGUAUUAAGAUCUGUGUGCUUCACUUGCAUUCAUUCUUCUUGGAAAAGAAUUUGGACUGGUUUGGAAACAUACAAGCUGAACUGAUGUUUCCAGUGUAUGUCACCAGGAAUAACACUGAACUAAGCCUCUGCUUCUCUUCUCUCACUGUGCUUGCACCCCCACCUACAGAGUACGUCACCAAAACAUGCGGCAGAGGCUGCAAUUUCAAUGCGGUGAUCAACAGUAAAUGUGGGACCUCCCGAAGGGCAGUUAAGAAAAUGAUUGACCCGGACUGUCAAAGUGGACCGAAUGGCGUUACAACCACUAUUUUCCAAGAACCCCUCAAAGGGUAGCACAGUAACCCAUUUUGAGACCAGGAUGACACAGAUUUGGGUUCCUUCUUGUGCAGCAAUAGUGGCAGAUGGAGACCAGGUUCCUAUGGAUUGAGUCUUAACUUGCCAGUGCAGGGGACAGGGAAGAGAGGAUGGAAUUUGUAAUGUCUCUCUUGGAAAUCUCAGCAAGCGGGAUGACCCCAGAACUCUUCAUUUCAGGAAGCCUUGAAUGGACGGGAUGAGAAUUUGACUCCCAAGUAUUUUCUGAGCUACGUGUUUGCCUAGAACAGUAAAGCAGUCUGAAAACAGAUUUCCCUAUUCUGUUACCUGAGAACCAUAAUUUUAAUUUCUUAUCCACUAGCAUCUCCACCUCACUCCUACUUGUUUUUUAAGUUUACUAGCUCACACUCAGUUUUACCUUCAGCUGUAAACUGUUUGGUGCUACUAGCUUUGUAACUCACCCACGGUCCUCUCAAUCACCAUUAUUUUAUGAAGGUGGGAAGGUAAGUCAGAUAUCCAUUUAAAAGUCACCCGCUGGGGGAAUUUGAGCUCUCACCGAUUUCCUCUGCAACCCUCAUCUCCUGCAAACUGGUCUAGACAGUCAACCGUGGAAGCCACUUGUUACUGAAGCAAAAACAUGGCAAGACACUAGCUUCUAAUAAAUGUUAUAUUUCUUGUAAAUAAGACAAGUUUCAAACUGGAGUGUAACAGCAUGGGUUCAUUUAUUUCUCUUUCCUGCCUACCUCUCAAAACGGUUGUUUUCCCAAGUUGGUGGAAAGGCCUUGAUGUGCAAGACUUUGAGGGCAACAGGACGGAGAUUCAGGUUGGUGGGAAGAAUUAUGUACCGUAUUUUUCGCUCUAUAAGACGCACCAGACCACAAGACGCACCUAGUUUUUGGAGGAGGAAAACAAGAAAAAAAAUAUUCUGAAUCUCAGAAGCCAGAACAGCAAGAGGGAUCGCUGCGCAGUGAAAGCAGGGGUCCCUCUUGCUGUUCUGGCUUCUGGGAUAGCUGUGCAGCCUGCAUUCGCUCCAUAAGACACACACACAUUUCCCCUUAUGUUUUAGGAGGGAAAAAGUGAGUCUUAUAGAGCAAAAAAUACGGUAUAUUCUGAGCCCACACACUGGAAGACUGGUUGGCUUCCUAUCAGCUAACCAGAGCAUACAAUCCCAUUGGGAAGUUCUGCACAAGCCCCACUGAAAUAUACCUUCUGUUCAUUUCAGUGAGACGUAUGCCGUAGAACUUCCUGCUGGCUUGAGCCUCUGAAGGAAUCCACAAAGUAUAAGCAAGUUUGCCUUGCCUGCCCUGCAGUCUAAGGCUUGUUUUAUAGGAUAGCCUGAAAUGGGAGUCCCAUGACGACUUACCCUGCCGCUACUGUGUGCAAAGUCCAACAACAACAUGCUCAACAUUUUGAAUACAUCAGCACUGUGUGUUCCUGUGGAACGUAUACACCAGCCACAGGCCAUAUCAAUACAUGAAAUUAAUAAAGCGUACCUGUGAAUGUUGUUAAUGCUGUACACAAAGGGAUGGUAGGAAAGAGAGAAAACUUAAAUUCAAAAUGUACAUCCUGGCCAACUAAGCUUUGCUUUUGCAUUGUAAACUAAACUGACAACAAAAUCUGGAGCUGCGCUUGCGAUCACCUGCAUAUAGUCUCAAAACACCUUUCUAGAACCUCUUUAUACCUCAACAAGCCACCUAAAUGUGCUUGCUCUUUCAUUCUUUAAAAUGCAGCAAAGCAAAACGAUCCUUUGUUCCCAAACUGUGGCUGGAUUUGCUUCCAACGAUUGGAUUUAUCAAGAAAU